CCUUCAGUAUCAACGUGGGUUUGUUUCGGUGGGAAUCGGUGUUGCUCGCUAAAUCUUCCCUCACACUGGAUCACAGAUCAUCUCAUCGAGUUUUGUCGUCAGAGAGGAGUUGCGUGGCGUCCGCUAACCCACGCACGGACAUCUCGACUUGAUAAAUACCUUCCUCGGUUAUUUUGGACUAAUAAAGACAAAGGAGCGCUAGAUUCUCAACCGCAAAGCAAAUAUGAGCAAACCCUUGAUAUGAAUCUCGGUCAACGACUGACAUCAAGCAGUGGAAAUACAUCGCACAGUAUAACAUACUGAACAGUCGGAGACUGUGUUUCCCACAUUUAAAGGAUUGGGCUCUGAAUGCAUGCAGAUCUCAGGAUUGUCGUGUCAACGCGUGUAGUUUUUAUGCAUCCAAACAAAAGGCAGUUCGGAGAGGGAAGUAGCUGCACGUUUCACUUCUGUUUACCAGCAGCCGCCGGUUACUGUGUUAGUGGAUAGGGAAGACUUUUGUUAUGUGUUAUGAUACAAGUAAUUAGCUAUCUACCGAACCGAUUUUUUAAAUAAAAGACUCGUUUUAUUUUACCGCGAUCGAUUUUAGUUCUUUUCCAAGGACCGCAUUUUAAACAUCUCGUCAUGGACGGAUAACGAUAAAUGUGUUUUAUCAAUAAAUACCGUGUCAAAUUGUAUCUAAUGUCAGUGUGUAGACCCUGAAGUGAACUUCCUGCUUUAGUUGUCGGCUAGUUGUCAUAAAGAUCAUGGCAGCCGUUGUGAAUUACUCUCCUCCGUGGUGGGUUAACCUGCUGCACAGACUGCCUCACUUUAACCUACAGUUUGAACAAACCAGUAGUGAUUUUCGCCCAGAGGAUUCAUCAUACCAGCAGUCCAUCCUGCUGCUGGGUAGUAUAGCUGUGGCAUGUUUAGCCUUGGAUCUUAUCUUUCUCCUCUUCUACUCAUGCUGGCUGUGUUGCCGUCGUAAGAAGAGCGAAGAGCAGCCGAAUGCAGACUGCUGCUGCACUGCCUGGUGUGUCAUCAUUGCCACCCUCGUCUGCAGCGCCGGCAUUGCCGUUGGUUUCUACGGGAAUGGUGAGACAUGCGACGGGGUGAAUCGGCUUACCUACUCCCUCAACCAUGCCAACCGCACACUGGCCGGAGUGAACAGACUGAUAUCCGAGAGUACAUCAGCUCAAAGUCAGACCGUGGACGGGAACCUUCGGCUAUUGAAAGAGCAGUAUGCAAAGCACACAGACUACGUGUCCAUCAUACAGAAGCUGCAGGUCCAGCGGGGCGAGAUGGUCCGUCAGAUGAACGAGAUACCCUUCUGGAACAAUCUCACCAUGUCUAUGGAGGAUCUGGCUGUUAACAUCGAGCUAUAUGACUGGUACAGGUGGCUGGGAUAUCUGUGUCUGCUGCUGUUUGAUGUGCUGAUUUGCCUACUGGUGCUUUUCGGUCUCAUCCGUAACUCCAAAGGAAUUCUGAUUGGGGUGUGUAUUCUGGGUGUGUUGGCACUGAUAAUCAGCUGGGGCUCACUGGGCGUGGAACUGUCUGUCUCCUCGGGCAUCAGUGAUUUCUGCGCAGCACCUGACAUGUUCAUCACAAAAGUGUCAAAGCAGUACACGUUUAUCAAGAAAGAUAUUCUGCAGUAUUACCUCACAUGCAGCGUUGGCCAGGUUAACCCCUUCCAGCAGAAGCUGUCUGGAGGUCACAAAGCACUGGUAGAAAUGCAAGACGAUGUGUCUGAACUACUGCGCUCUGCAGUUAGAGAAUACCCCAAAACAAAGGGGAACCUUGAGCAAAUUCAGAGGGCUUUAAACAGCACUGAAGUCGGACUGCACCAGCUCACAGCACUUGUGGAUUGCCGCAGUUUACACAUGGAUUAUGUGCAGGCGUUGACCGGUAUAUGUUACGAUGGACUGGAAGGUUUGAUCUACCUGGUGCUAUUCUCCUUUAUCACGGCUCUCAUGUUCACGUCUGUCAUCUGCAGCGUGCCACACACGUGGCAUAGCAAAAGGCCUGAUGAGGACAGUGAGGAAGAGUCAGUGGCUCACGGAGGAAGACAAAAUCAUGACAAUCUGUAUCGGGUGCACAUGCCCAGUCUCUACAGCUGUGGUAGCAGCUACGGCAGUGAAACCACCAUCCCUGCAGGAGCACACGCUCUCAGCAAUGCUCCCGUUACGGAGUACAUGACUCAGAAUGCAAACUUCCCAAACCCUCGCUGUGAGAACACUCCUCUCAUUGGGAGAGAAUCACCCCCACCUUCUUACACAUCAAGCAUGAGGGCCAAGUACCUAGCCAACGCCCGACCCGACCCCAACAGCAGCUCCUCUGCAAACUAAAAGGACCCUAUGUUCACUUUCUCCGGUGGUCAACAAAUCGCACACAUACGCACAUCUUGUUCCCACAGACCAAAAAAAAUUCACCUCCAGGCCCACCAUCCAGAUGCUUCAAGUGAAGAGCAAGUGAUUUUGAAGUUUUUUAAGCUCUCCAACUAAUAAAGGACACCAUUGCAUCAUGUAAAUACUACUGUCACGUGAACGUUUCAGAAGCCUCUCACGCAAUUUCCAGAUGGCCGGCUUCGAGGUCAGGCAGCUAGUUCAUCGGGCGGCAGCAGAAGGUUAUGAGUGUGAACUUCCCAUUACCCUGAUAUACCCUGAGUCAUGUGCGUCUGUCCAUGCUGACCUUGCUCAUUUGUGGUGCUCUUGCCAGAGGUUCAGAGGACUCCAGAACCGGACCGGGGUGUAAUGCCCUUCACUUUACAUUCCUGCGUGGCCUCUGUCCUCUGGUGAUUUGAAAUAAUGUGACCCUCUUCGUAUGCAGGACACACUGCCAGCCCUAUCAUCUGGACUCAUCUACUGUAAUGUAUCCAUGAAGGAACCUAUCUAAUCUAAUAGUGUGAGAAAUGCAGUCGUCAGGCGCCUCCGGUUUGUUUUGUAAAUAAUGAAAAUGACCCGUGCUGAUAAAUAUAAGGGACGUAACGGAAACAUACUCUGUGGAAGUAUGCUGACGUAAAUGUUUGGACAUGUACAUGCCAAACAUGCAUAUUUGCAUUAUUGUGGCAUUUGUAUGCAACACGUUGCUUUAUGAAUUGCAUUUUAGCACAAAAUGACUCGAGUAGGGUAUUUUUAGCUUUUAACCUGUAGCAUAAAUUGCCUUCAAUGAGGCUAAUCGGAUUCAGAUGUCUCAUUUACAGGUUUGUGUUGUAGGUGUGAGAAGCAAUGGCUGAAUAAUGAUUUGCAGCUAUUCUGGUUUUUAUUAUUACACAUGGAUAACACAAAUCACUUAAUGACUGGAGUAAGCCUCAAAUUUACAUCAACUGCCAAUACUGGAAAACCAUGAUGAUGAUGAUGAUGAUGAUAUGGACAUCCUUAAACUACUGUUUGCAUCCAUGUGUUUCUACCCAUGAAAUCUGAAUCUGAAAGCCGAAGCAGUUUGCUUCAUCUGAUGCUGGGAUUUUAUCUGAACCAUGUGCCACUGGGACAGGCUUUGAUUUUUCUCUUUUUUUAUUCUUAUCUGUUUCAUUGAUGUUGCACGAAUAUAUGUGACUGCUCACGAUUGCCACUAUUGUGCUAAGUGAUGAAGAUUUUAUUGUACUGUACACAAUCUAAACUGGACAUAUGUACCUUCAUUUUGCUUUUGGAAACAUCUUAUGGAGACAUAUGAUGACUUAACCUCAAGACGUGAUUGAGUGUGACUUCAAAAAUGCCACAAUUUCCUGGGCUGGUUGCUUUUUGCCACAAAUUGCUUUAUUUCCCAAAAUAAGGGGAAAGUUUCCCCUUCCCACAAGUAGUCAGAAAGUGAUGCGCUGUCACUUGGAAUAUUUCUUCUUGUUGAAAGUACCGGAGACAAAGCCAACAGCUGGCAUGUGAUCAGUUUUUCAGCUGGAUCAAGGAAUGUUCUCCUGAAAAGACCUCUAAUAGAUUUUGUAUGAGCUUGUGUCUCUGCUCCGGACCUCAUAUGGAUGUGCCAAGGUUCUCAUGCUGUUCCAAGUCAAACAUUUCGCCUUCCUUCACACCUCAGGGGUGCCUUCUCCUAUGUUUCCAAAAUAUAUACUGCAAGAGAGUCAAAUACGGAAGACCUGAAUGGAUCAUGUCACAACAUUUUUGUGGACACAGUUUACUUAUGGAUGCAUGCAUGCUGCAUAAAUGCAGACAUGGAACUAAUAACAAAUGCCAAUGGGACAAACCGGUGCUCCUGAGGUCCCAGAGACUACAAGCCUUUUGUGGAAGAACUUCAUGGAGAUGAACUGCAAAAAAUCUUUGGAAAGAUCAAAUCUGAAGCUUUGUUAUCUCAAGUUUAAAAUGAGGAGUGGAGUCAUAUUGUGUGCUACUGACGCUUGCAUUGGUUUGCUUUGUGAUCAAUGAUGAGGUUUGUAUCCUCGAAUGUGCCAAUGACCCACAACCUUCCUUGGAUCUUUUAAAUGUUCACCUAUUUCUUAAGAGCUCUGCUUUGCCUGAACAGCCAAAUGAGACGCCUGAAAACAUGUUUUUUUUCUGUAAAUGACCAUGCUUGUGAUGAUGCAGCCUGUUUUUAUGUCGACAUUCACUUGGAUGAUGUCAUAUUGAUACACUGAUACAUGCACAAAACAAGAAACUGGCCUCUGAUAAGGACAUUAAUUUGUAAUAUAGUACAAAAAAAAUGUUGUUCUUUUUAAAUCAUAGUCCAUGUGGCAUAUUUUUAGAAAUGUUAGCAAGCACAAAGAAAUUUUGUCUUUUUCUUGCAAAUGAUUUUUUGUCUUUUAUUGAGAUGUUUUGAUAUGACUUUACUGUAGGACAACCUGUUUUCUUUUAUUUGCAGUUACUAAUAUAUUGUACAUGUAAAAACCUGUGGUUUCAAUGAGCUUGAUCUCAGUGUUUUCAGAUUAAACUAAACAUUAACGGA